AUGUCCACCUCCGGGUCCUCCAGUUCUGGAGGCGACGUGAGGCGGUUUAGCCGCCAGCAGAUCAUUCAGCACGUCAAGAAAAGUUUGCUCUACACAGCGUUUGACGUCAAGUGGGUACCACAGACGGCGUCCUUCGCGGUGGUCGGCCAGUACCCAAACAACCACGGCGCUCUCUCUCUUUAUCAACUGCACCACGGUGAUGUGCAGCCGACGGCCGAGGUGCGGCUUCCUCACCCUCUCAAAUGCUGCACGUUUGGGCACAACGUUUCCUUCAGCAGCAGCGGCAGCGCUGCUGGUGCGGCGGCGAGUCAGAUGGCGUGUGGCGACUUUGCCGGCAGCUUGCAGAUUCUCGACCUGAGCCGCCUCAGCUCAACCCCCACAAGCGCCUCCAAUGCGCUGAGCGAUGUGACAGCUGCUUCUGUGUUUCACAUUCCUCACGCACACGAGAGCAUCAUCAACGCCAUCGACGGUGCACGUUACUCGGGACCGCCGGAAGUGGCGACAGGGAGUCGAGACGGCUCUGUCAAGGUGUGGGACACUCGCCAGUCUAACAAGCCUGUGGUGUCGCUCAACCCUGCCGACCCUGCUCGCGCCCGCGACUGCUGGACAGUGCGACUGGGGAACAGCUUUGACCCGGACGAGCGCGUCGUCGCAGCGGGCUACGACAACGGUGACAUCAAAAUAUUCGACCUUCGCACGCAGAAGAUGCUGCACGAGAUGCACGUGAGCAACGGCGUGUGCGAUUUGGAGUUUGACCGGCCCGACAUUCCCAUGAAUAAGCUCAUCGUAUCGUCCCUAGAAGGUCGGGUGCGUUGCUACGACAUGCGCACCUUGCAUCCCAAGCUGGGCUACGCGUAUGUAGAGGAGCGUGUAUCCGAGGGGACAGUCUGGUGCUCUCGCGCGCUGCCCCAGAAUCGCGAGAUCUUCUUGAGUGGCGGCGGCGGCGAGCUGACACUGUGCCUCUACAAGUACCCGCCAGAGCGCACUCUGAAGGACGGGGAUGGACUGCAGCGCGGGGUAGCGGGUGCGGUGGAGGAGCUGAACAAGGCGAAGGUCGGGGAUCAGCCGAUCAACGCGAUGGACUGGAAUCGUUCGAAGGAGGGGCUCGCCGUGUGCGCCUCUUUCGACCAGAGUAUUCGGGUUAUACUGGUCACUAAGCUCGGUUUGCUGUCGUAG